AUGAAUUCGAAAGUGAAACUAAAGGAAGUGUAUGAAGUAAAAACGCAGUACAAAGCAUUCUACACUGGCGGUACAGUUGCGUGGACAACCGACGGACGGGAGUUUCUGUGCCAAAACAAUGGCGCGAUCAGUAUUGUUUCGGUGGACAACCAGCAUGAACUAGCUACUCUCGGUGAGGAGCAAUCGGACAGUGACAUUAACGAAGAUGUGAUCUUCACUUUUGCGGUUUCGGCCUCCGGAACGAACAUUGUCUCUGCCCACCGUUCCGGACUGCUCAAACUAUGGAAUCGUGAAACACGGCAACAGCUCAAAAUGUGGAAAGCCAUUCAUCAAGGACCGAUAGCAACGCUCGUUUACAGCCCAGACGAUCGAUUGAUUGCUAGCGGAGGUAGCGACACGACGGUUCGGGUCUGGGAUCCGGCGCGCCAGCUUUGCCUCGGAACGUUGCGUGGUUGCAGUGGCGUCGUCAAUUUGAUCGUCUUCCAUCCGGAUGUGGAUAGUAAAACGGUUAUCGCGGCAGGGGACGACGUUAAGAUACACGCAUGGAACUACGAAACACGCGAAAUGACGAAAACAUUUACCGGACACUUUUCACGUGUUACUGGUGUAUCGUUUUCGGAAGAUCGGAAGUUCUUAGUGUCGUCCGGCAGAGAUAAAAUCUUGAUCCUGUGGAACUACGAAACGGAGGAAGCCCUCAAAACGAUCCCAGUAUAUGAGGCACUUGAAGCGGUCGUUGUAUUGCCAUCGGGCGUGACGUUGCCCGGUUGUAAAUUGAAAGCGAACCGGGUAUAUGCCGCGUGUGGCGGUGAAGAAGGAGUUGUGAAGGUGUGGGAAAUGACGGAAGCAAAGAUUGUUUACAAGCAAUCGAACAGUCUCGUGACUAAAGCUACUGAAGAGGGAGGUCUCGCGAUUACGCGCCUCUUUUACAGUCAGCCUUUAGGACAGAUGGCCAUCGUUUCGGCGGACCACAAUCUGCUCGUGCACGAUUGCACUAGCUUCGACUGCGUCCGGCAGCUGUCGGGAUUCAGUGACGAAAUCUUGGACAUCGUACUUCUGGGACAAGGUAAACGUUACCUGGCGAUGGCGACCAACAGCAACGACUUUAAGCUCUACGACACUGCCACUAUGAACUGCCAGCUGGUGAAGGGACACACCGAUAUUGUGCUAUCGCUUUCGGCCAAUCAAAGUCACCUUUUGUCCUCCUCGAAAGACAACUCGAUCCGCUUGUGGCAUUUCGACGAAGAACGCUUCACGGUCCAAUGUCUUGCCGUUGGUUUGAAGCACACUAGUGCGGUUGGCUGUGCAGCAAUCAGUCGCGUUUCCGGACAGUUUUGUGUAAGCAUCAGCCAGGAUAAAUGCUUGAAGACGUGGAAAAUUCCAAAGAGUUUCGAGCGCGCAGAGGGCGAUGAACUUCCCCGUCUUCAGUGCACGCUGACGCAAUUGGCCCACGACAAGGAUAUCAACAGUGUUUGCAUCUCACCGAACGACCGACUUUUGGCGACCGGCUCGCAGGACAAAACAGCGAAACUGUGGGACGUCAGUGAUUUGAGUGUGGUCGGUGUGCUGCGCGGUCAUCGUCGUGGCAUCUGGUCGGUUCGCUUUUCUCCUGUCGAUCAGAUACUACUGACGAACGCGGCAGAUUGUACCAUCAAGCUGUGGUCGUUGACCGAUAUGACCUGCCUGAAGACCCUCGAAGGUCAUGAUGGGUCUGUGUUGCGAGUUGAAUUUCUCUCCGCCGGAAUGCAACUCCUAUCGGCUGGGGCCGAUGGACUGCUCAAACUUUGGUCGAUCAAAUCAUCUGAAUGUUUGCAAACCAUGGACAAACACGAGAGUCGCAUCUGGGCGCUGUGCGUGACGCUGGACGAGAGUACGUUCUUUAGCGGCGGAUCGGACUCACAGCUUAUCAAGUGGCACGACGUGACGGAGACCAAACGGGAACAGGAAAUGAACGCUCGGAAGGAUGUGCUGUUGCAGGAGCAGGAAUUGAACAAUCUUCUGUCGGAACGGAAACUUCUGAAGGCUUUGCGACUUUCGCUCAAUCUUGACCGACCGUUCGCUACGCUAAAGAUUGUCAACGAAGUGAUCAAAUCACAGGAGACAGGCUUCGAGGGCACGGUUCGCAAGCUAUCGAAUGAUCACAAGGAAACACUACUUCGGCAUGCUGUCGAGUGGAACACGAACAGUAAAAAUGUACGACCCGCUCAGUUCGCGAUGCACAUCCUGCUCCAGGAGGUGCUGGCCGGGCGGUUUCAAGCGGGUGAGCUGGGCAAACAUCUGGAAGCGUCACUGCCGUACACGGAGCGGCACUUUAAGCGGCUGACCGAAUACAUGAAGGACCUCAAGUUUAUUGAGUACACGUUGCGCUGCAUGCAGCCUCACGCUUCUCGGACCGACUAG